AUGGAACUUUCUGUAUCACAUUGCCUUUCUUCCUGGGUGAUUAGUUCCAGCCCUCACCAAUUACAGCCACUAUCUUUCCUUGCUAUUGAUAUUUAUGCGAAACUAGUCUUCUCCAUUGUGAAGUUCUGUCAUGCAGACCAAGGAUCAAGUAAACUAUAUCUUCUGCACAAGGUUUUAGUCCCAAUUGAAAAGUUCUUUAAUUUGCUGAUUAUUCAUCACCCGCUGUUGGAUUUGAUUUCCCUGGAUCAUGUGUUUGAUGGUGCAAGCUUUCAGGUUCUGACAUCUUUAGCCAAUGCAUUUCAUGCCUUACAGCCCCUUAAAGUUCCUGGAUUCAGUUUUGCAUGGCUUGAGCUGGUGAGUCGCAGAAGUUUCAUGCCAAAAUUGCUCACAGUAAAUCAUCAAAAGGGGUGGCACUGGUUUCAACGUCUGCUGGUAGACUGGUUCCAGUUCUUGGAACCAUUUUUGAGGAAUGCUGAGCUAGGGGAGCCAUUUCAUUUUCUGUAUAAAGGCACACUGGGUGUUGUUAGUGCUGCUUCAUGA